GCCUGCGCUGCCGGCGGCGGGAGAGCGGCGCGGGGGAGGGCAGCGGGCGGCCAGGAGAAGAGUUAUAGGGCCGUGCUGAGGCUCCGGGGUGUCCAUGAGGCUCCGGGUAAAGCCGAGCCGAGCCGGGAGAGCUCCAGCCAUGCAUCCCGGUGAGCCCGCGGGCACAUGGGGCAGCGCUUGAACCGCUGCCUCGAUGUCCCCGUCGCGUUACCGCCGCUGAGGCGGAGGCUCCUGCUGAUUUUCAUCAUGUUCUUCCUCUGGCUUUAUAUGUUUUACUCUUGCGCCGGCUCCUGCGCCGGGCUGGCGACACGCGGUUCUCUCGGACCGUCCCGUACCGUCCCGCCGCUUCCCCAGCUGCUACCGCCGGUCCCGGGGGAGCCGGGCGAGGAGAGCAGCCUGGAGGAGCAACGGGCAGCGCCCGACUCCGCCAGCCCCAUCUCCAGCUUCUUCAACGGCUCCGGUACCAAGCGGCUGCCGCAGGCCAUCAUCAUCGGCGUGAAGAAGGGGGGGACCCGGGCGCUGCUGGAGUUCCUGCGGGUGCACCCCGACGUCCGCGCCGUCGGCGCCGAACCCCACUUCUUCGACCGCAACUACGAGCGGGGACUCGCCUGGUACAGGGACCUCAUGCCCAGGACCCUGGAGGGGCAGAUCACCAUGGAGAAGACCCCCAGCUACUUCGUCACUAAGGAGGCCCCAGCCCGCAUCUCCUCCAUGUCCAAGGGCACAAAGCUCAUCGUGGUGGUGCGGGACCCGGUGACCAGAGCCAUCUCGGACUACACCCAGACACUCUCCAAGAAGCCCGAUAUCCCCACCUUUGAGAGCCUGACCUUCAAAAACAGGACUACGGGCCUGAUCGACACCUCGUGGAGCGCCAUCCAGAUUGGCAUCUACGCCAAGCACCUGGAGAACUGGCUCCUCUACUUCCCCAUCGGGCAGAUCCUCUUCGUCAGCGGGGAGAGGCUGAUCAGCGACCCCGCGGGGGAGCUGGGCAGGGUCCAGGACUUUCUGGGCCUCAAGAGGAUCAUCACCGACAAACACUUCUACUUCAACAAAACCAAGGGGUUCCCGUGCCUGAAGAAGGCGGAAGGCAGCAGCAAACCCCACUGCCUGGGGAAGACGAAAGGCAGGACCCACCCUGACAUAGACCAGGAGGUGGUGCAGAGACUGCGGGACUUCUACCGGCCCUUCAACAUGAAGUUCUACCAGAUGACGGGGCAGGACUUCGGCUGGGACUGAGGCUGGCGUGGGAAAAUCCCCUGUAAUUACUUGCCCAGCACGGUUUGCGUAUAUAAAGAGAUAUAUAUGUAUGUAAAAUGUACAGAAAUCUAUUUUAUAAUAAUUUAUUUUUAAUUCCUAAGCAAUUAAUUCACUAAGCUGCCUAACCGCACUGGCUAGAACGGUAGCCUGUAACCUGUUUAACAUUCCACGGUGUUUAAUUCUAAUAUGUCUCUCCUUUUUUUGGUUUGUUGUUUUUUUUUUCCCCUUAUGUUUUAUCCUCUUUUUGGUUUGGUUUGUAACAGACGGUGCUUCCAUUUUUCCUAAACAAAAUUUGUAUUUAAAAAAAAAAUCAAAAAAAAAAAAGUGAGGG